AUGCCGCUGCCCCCGAAGAUCCAAGAGCGCGUGGACAAGGCCAAAGCGCGCCUUGAGCAGUUCGCCGACCCGGAGUCACUGAAAGCCUUCGACGGCGUGGGCGGUGGGGGUGGCGAGGCAAUUGGAUGGCUCGAGGUGCCUUUGAAUGACACCUUCAGCGUCUUCGUGUCCCAGGUCCCGGGUGCUGCGAACCGCUUCCAGGAGAUGUUGCGCGGCGCCCCUGAAGUGACGAACAUCACCACUGAUAUCCUUCAAAGUGGCGACACUGUCUGGCCGGCAUCGAUCAUCUUGGCGCGAUGGCUGGCAAUCCAGCCGCCGGUGGUGUCGAUGGAAGGCUUGGCCCAAAGUCACACGAUCCUCCUUCCUUAUUACUACCUGCGAAGCGAAGCAAUGCCGGGCAUGCCGAUGGCAGAGAGUCCAAGCUCGUCCUCUGCCGCGUGGUGUGUGUUCUACGGUGUUGGGAUUAUCUGCACCCUGGUUGUCUACGGGAUUCUCCAGGAGGGCAUCAUGACGGUAGCUUACGAUGGCACCCUUUUCAGAUAUUCCGUCUUCCUCGUUCUGUGCAAUCGACUGGCAGCGGUGGCUUUCGCAGUUGCCAUGGCGAUCGCGAAGGGCGAGUCCAUGAAGAACGAGGCCCCCUUGUGGAAAUACCUCGUCGUGUCCCUUUCCAACGUGUAUGCCAGCUCUUGCCAGUACGAGGCACUGAAGUAUGUCUCUUUUGCGGUGCAGAUGUUGGGAAAGAGCUUCAAGAUGAUGCCAGUCAUGAUCUGGGGCAUGAUCAUCUCCGGGAAGUCAUACAGCGCACGGGAUUGGAUGGUGGCCCUGUCCGUCACGCUGGGCUGCACGGAGUUUCUGAUGACGGGCCCAACACAUUCCAAGGUGGAUGCUAACAACAGCUUCAAGGGCUUCUUGUUGCUUGGUGGCUUCCUGGCCCUCGAUGGCCUCACAUCAACAUUCCAAGACAAGCUCUUCAAGGAGCACAAGACGACCAAGUACAACCAGAUGCUGUACAUCAACCUGCUCUCCGCCAGCGUGUCCAUGGUUACCCUUUUGGUCACUGGUGAACUCUGGCCAGCUACGGCUUUCGGCUUCGCCCAUCCACGCUUCUGGUUGGACUGUGGCUUGUUGAGUGCGUCGGCGGUGGCGAGCCAGUUCUUCAUCUAUUCGCAGAUUAAGGAGUUUGGGGCCUUGGUCUUUGCGGCCACGAUGAACGUUCGCCAGGUUGUGUCCAUCCUGGUCUCCUAUGUCAAGUAUCACAACCCGGUGACGCACUUGCAAGUUCUAGGUCUCUGCUUGAUCUUCUCGGCACUCUUCUACAAGUCGAUUGCGGCCAUGGUACAUGCGCCCAGCAAGGACGAGAAGACGCCCAUUCUCGCAGAUCCCAAGGAUGCCGUGCAGUCACCGGGAGAUGCAGGCAAAGCCGUUUAG